GUUAGAGUUACUGCGGCACCUGUAUAUAAACGGCAAAGUGACCAUACUGAACAUCAUCGACAUGCAGGGCGAGUGGUCUAAUCGUUGCCAAGCUUACCGCUUUGUGGCCUAUUCGGCCGUCACUUUCUCGAUCAUCGCCAUCCUUGGCGCUGCCACCACCCUGCCGAUGGUGUACAACUAUGUGCACCAUGUUCGACGCACCAUGCAGACCGAACUCAGCUUCUGCAGGACCUCCGCUCGUGAGAUCUGGUCCGAAGUCGGUGGCAUGAAGGCCCCCUCAAACCGUACAGCUCGUCAAACCAAUGACUGUACCCGCUGCUGUACCGGAGGAGGUGCUGGAGCUCCUGGACAGCCAGGACAGCCAGGAAGACCUGGAAACCCAGGAGCACCAGGAGCACCCGGACAGCCCGGACGUCCAUCAACCCAACCUUGUCCCAUUGCAACUCCUCCUCCAUGCAAUCCAUGCCCAGCUGGACCACCUGGACCACCAGGACAACCAGGAGAAGCAGGACCACCUGGAAGCAACGGAAACCCAGGACAGCCCGGAAACCCAGGAGGACUGGGACAACCAGGACCCAAGGGACCUCCAGGACCAGCUGGAAGCCCCGGACAGCCAGGACCACCAGGACAGCCAGGAGACAAUGCUGCUUCAAGUCCACCAACCCCAGGACAGCCUGGACCACCAGGACCCCCAGGACCUCCUGGACCUCCCGGACAAGAUGGACAGCCUGGAAAUGCAGGAGGAGCUGGGCAACCCGGACCCAAGGGACCACCUGGAGGCGAUGGACAACCUGGAAGCCCAGGAAAUGCUGGCCGACCUGGAGCCCCUGGACCUGGAGCCAGACCUGGAGAGCGCGGAAUCUGCCCCAAAUACUGCGCCAACGACGGCGGUGUCUUCUUCGAAGAUGGAACUCGGCGUUGAUCUGCGAUCGCUUGAAUCAAUGUUUUCCCGUAG